UCGCCCAACAUUUGUGUUAAAGUAAUGAUCUCGAGAUUACGAGGUAGGACAGCAGGUUAGUCUACACAUGUGUAGCAUUUAUAUUACGUUAUAUUGUCUUGUUCAUUUAAGCACACUAAACAGCCAUAGGGUCAACUUUUAGCUUUCUCAGGAAGCACCACUGCGUGCUGCAGGUGUUUGUACGCGAUGAGCAGUGAAAGUCCGUAAAGCCAUGUUUCCCGCAUCCCCUCGCCUGCAGUGAGCACAACUCACAAACAUGGCGCCCUCUCCUGCCUUCUGUAGCAAUCCGCGUCACCACGGUGACGUUUUGUUUUCGUGACGUCUUCGUGACGUCACCCUGUGGAAGGAAAAGGAAGUAAGUCUCAGCCGAACGGUGAACAUCGUAAGAAAUCGGAGUUACCCACCCAUAGCACUUCAGCCAUAUUUUCCGUGCGUUUACAAUGGUUAUGAAACUUUCUCAUCCCCCGUGUUUCUUCACACUGGCGUUGAUAAUAGCUCCUGCGAGUACCGCUAGUCAAGGCACCAGACGUGGAUGGUCUAAGGCGGCAGACGUGGUCCCGAGCUCCUUGCACAGAACGCCGCUCGGGAUGGCCCUGUUAGAGUGGCUCAACGUCACCAAUGCUGACUACGCAGUAGAUGAAGGCGGGAACGUCACGUUUUUGUGCAAGAACAACGUUACGAUGGCCUUCGCCAAAGAGUAUCCUGAGACGAAAUGGGGCUGGGUCAAGGACGGUGACCCCGUGACUGUGGAUGUUUCGCGCAUGCUGGUGGAGGACUUUGUUUUCGUCCUCAGCAAGGUGUGGCUGUCGGACGGCGGGACGUACGAGUGCCGCAUGACGCUGAGCAGUGGCAGGGUGCUGACGGCCGACGUCUUCACGCUGACGGUGCUGACGCCCCUUCCCACAGUCAUCGUGCGACAGACGGACCCCUUUCGCCUGGACUGCCGCAGCGAGGCUCUUGUGUCCGUCCUUCGCGUCCUGGAGGAAUCAGGAAAGGACAGCACUUCACAAAAGCAAACCAGGACCCUCGAACCCACGGCAAGCAAGCAAUCCUCCCAAAAAGCUGCCACCAUCACGCGGCAAUGGCACUUCAAUGCUAUGAACACAACGUUCUCCAUGAGCGUGCCUGCCGACAAGCCCUCACCAGACUAUUUCCCAGCCGCCGUCCCCAGCAUGGCCGGACCCUGCACGUGCAGUGUGAGACACGUGACCACCCGACGCACAUGGCAGACCGCGUGGCACCGGCUGCGGGUCGCCCCACCGCCAUCCGCCUUGGAGUUGUGGUGGCGCAGGGUCUUGCUGUACCCGGAGGCUGUUGCGGCAGUGUCGACGGCGUUGCUGUUGCUGUUCAUAGGUCUGUCCUUGCUGGUGGCGCGCCUAGCGCAAGAGAAGAUCAACUUGGAGCAGAAGUUUAUGGUUAUGCGAAGGCGUUUGUUACGGAAGAACAACCUGCUGUGGUACGACGAAUCCGGGAACACGGAAUAUCAGAAGUCCAGACGUCUCAAGUCCGGGCUGAAUCGUUUGUUGGAAAAAGGAAAGUCGAUGGACAUAAUUUCCAGAGCAUCAAAGGAUGUAACCGAUGAAGACAGCAUCAGCGACGACGAGGACGAGACGUCGACCAGCCAACGUCGUGCCAGCAUCAAGAGCAUGAACGAGGCGCGGGGGAGCACCGACCCCGACAAGGCGAUGAAAUCUCUCAUUGUUAUUAAGAACUGAAAUAACGUGUAGACGCAAAGAUUCGCUCUCUACAGCUGAUACUACAGUACUUGUAUUACAUUAACGUAAUAGAGUUUUGAUU